GUUUGAACGGAGAAAAACCCAUAAGAACGAAGUUGGAAUUUAUGUCCCGCAGAGCAAACGAUGCACUGGUUCGCCCAAAUCGGAGGUGACGAGGCCUCUCCCGAUUCGUCAGAUGUGAAGCGCCGGCAGAGUCUCUACGACGAGGAUUCCCUCGAUGGCGAUCAUCCUAGCGAGAACGAAGGACGGGAGUCGACGGGAAACGCGAAAGACGUGGACAGGGCGAAGCUCGUCCGUGAGAGACAGAACGAAGAACGGCAGCGGAAGUUGGAAGAGCUGAGACAGCAGGCGUUCGCCGCGCAACGUUUCCGGGAGCAACGGGAAGAGGAACGUCGAAGACGCAUCGACGAGCUCAGAUCGCGCGACAAUGACAGGGGUGAAGGUACGCUCUAA